GGAUAAUAUAUAUAUAUAUUUCAAUCAUCUUUUCUUCUUUCUUCUUCUUAUUAUACCUCUCUAUUCUUUUUUUUAUAUAUAUAUUUACCAUAAUAUUUGAUUUCAUUAAUAUAUACAUCAUAGUUUUUUUACCAGAAUGACCUCUAGAAACGGAAGACAAACUGAAAAAGAAGUAUAUCAAUACGAUGCUCCUUGGCCAGUAUAUGCUAUGGAUUGGAGUAAAGCAACUACAGAAAAAGAAGGUUAUCGUCUUGCUUUGGGUAGUUUUAUGGAAGAACAUACAAAUAAGCUACAAGUGGUGACACGAGGGGAUUUGGCUGCAUUGGAUGAAAUGGAACGAACUAGACGUGAUUACUAUGAUCCUGCAAAAUAUGAACAAGAUUUUGUACCAUUGGCUGAAGUAGAUUCUUACUAUCCUAUCACAAAGAUCCUAUGGGAACCAAGAAAGAAUGCAAGGGACUCUGACAUAUUGGUGUCAUCGUCUGAUUACCUUCGUGUAUGGGAGUUAUCCGAUAGCCCAUCAAGACAUGACAAUUCUAUUUCUUCUAGACGUAGUUACAAUGAACCUUUAAGACAGACAUUGGUGAAACGAUCUGAAUUGGUAAAUGUCAAACAAAGUGACUUUUGUGCCCCUUUGACCUCCUUUGAUUGGAAUGAAGUAGACCCCUCUCUAAUUGUUACUGCUAGCAUUGAUACUACCUGCACAGUCUGGAAUGUAGAAACUGGUCAAGCUAAAACUCAAUUGAUUGCUCACGAUCGAGAUGUUUACGAUGUGGCCUUUAUGCAUGGAACUGCUGAUAUAUUUGCAAGUGUUGGUGCAGAUGGUAGCGUACGAUUAUUUGACUUAAGAUCACUGGAACAUUCAACAAUUCUCUACGAGGCACCUCCAGCAUCAACAAGUCCUUCAGCAACUAGCAACUUCGCCUCUGUGAUUAGCGAUGGAUCUCAACCUUUACUUCGUUUACAAUUCAACCGAAUCAACCAUGAUUUACUAGCCACUUUUCGUAUGGACUCUGAUACAGUUCAAAUUCUUGAUAUACGUUAUCCAAGUGCACCUGUUGCCGAACUAACAAGAAGUCAUCGAAGCAAUGUCAACUGCUUCAGUUGGUCACCAACUCAUCCUGGACAUAUAUGCACUGGAGGGGACGAUUCACAAGUACUUGUAUGGGAUAUUAGCAACAAAUCACAAGCACCAGGAAAUGAUACUACGUACAAUGGAAGUACACGCCAUGGUCGGCAACCUCAUCAAAGAGAUCGACAACAACAGCAAACAAAUCAUGGACCUAUUUUACGAUAUGUAGCCGAUUCAGAAAUCAAUUCUCUCAGUUGGAGUCAAAGUUUACCAAGAUGGAUUGCUGUAGGUUUUGGAAGGACAGUUCAAGCUCUUCGGGUGUGAUCGUUUCUCUCUCUUUUUUUUAUUAUUAUUAUUAUUAUUAUUAUAUGUAUAUCCGCAAUUCAUUCAACGUUUUGUUUAUCCUUAUGUCCUUAGUUAUUAGCACUAUAGUCUCGAUUGUCAUCAUUUUCCAAAGGAAAAAAAAAAUAAAGGGAAUCCUUGUCAUCAUCAAUUUUUAAAAUAUAAUUUUUUUUUUGGUUUUUCCAUAGGUAUACUAAAUUGGGAAUCCCUGGUUCACGAACCCUCAUCCCCUGAAGAUGUUGUGCAACCAAAAAGUAUCAUCCUAUCUCGGAUGAUGAAUCUGUCAAUGCUUUCCCUUAGACAACACUUAUCUUAUUUAUUCGUG